GAAAGCUCUCUUCCAUCUGGUACCAAACAUAUCAAGUUGACAAUUCCUGCACUGCGGCUAGGCUCUUUGAAAGCCUUCAAGCAUCCAGCACAUUACAUACGACCACAAACUUGGUCAAAUUUCAGGUCUGAUGGAAUUGUCAUACUGAAAAAGCGUUGUCGCCUACCCGGAGGUAGACUGUAGCCUGUGCCCGCCAUCGUACCGGACUGAACCCGAAUCAGACCACUUGGAUGAACUUGAUCGACAAGGUGUUUUCAAGCGUCCAUCGCGGAUUCUUGCCACAUCGUGCACUUAAGCAUAUCUACUGGAUGCAAAGUAAUAUUUGCAUUUUCAACAACUUCAACAUUUGUCAACCUGGGUUGACAGCCGCCCACUACGCUGUCCCAUGCUCCCCGUCGCAUUGCGAAGUACGAGAGACCGCAUUUUGGUCCAUUCGACUGCCCUGCCACCCAGAAAACUCAAAUUGGCUGAGUGCGAACCAACUGUGUGCGCCCAACAAAGGAAAGCUGGCUUAAAGCUACCGGGACCAUCUACCCAGUAGUUACACGAUUUCCGCAACUUUGAAUUGGCCUUACUUAUUGGGGGACAUUGGUGUACCAUCUCUCGAAACUGAAUCCGGCCCGUCGCAUAAUAAGGGGCCCCUUUACUACGUCCUGUUUCGACGUGACACAGCUCUUCGGAGCGUCAGUGAGACGGUUUGCUUGCAUCACUACAACGAGCCAGGGGGCGGACGACAAGAUGGACCCGAAUCUUCUAAGGCACAUGGAGUACUUUACGGUGCCCAACGCCCAGACCAGCAAUGCGGCGGAACGCGCUGCGAACCUGACCCGUUCGAGCGGUACCGGCCAGCCAUACCCAUUAUGGAACCCUUCCACCCUCGGGGCCGACAUUGACUUCUCUUUCAACCCGCAGGGACUGGAAGGCAUGGGAUCAUUCGGAGCUUUCGAACAACCUCAGGACCAAGACAACAGCGGUACUGCAUUUGAGCCCCCACAGCGGCAGAGAUCAAUAUACACCCAAGGCCCAAGGACUCUAGUUCCAACCCGAACGCCGAAACCACCAUCUCGAGAGAAACCUGAGAGGAAGCGUUCAAAGUUGAGCACGGAUUCGACGCCCUUCGACUCGGUCGACUACUGGCUUCAGUUUGACAACGAAGAAAUAAUACCCGAGGAGCCGGGCGCAGAGGCGAGCACGACCACUCAGGGCGAGACGGCAGCCAAGUCCACAGCACAGGAGUCGCACAGAUCCCAAAAACAAAAACGACAGGGUGAAGGGCAAGCUGCAUCUCAAUCUGGUUCUAGAACAGCACAACUAAAACUCGAGGAUUCCCUUGAUGAUAGCGCACUGGAGAAUGCUCUCUCUGAUGAUGAGCAAACAUUUGCUUCGAUCAGUCUGGCGGAGCAGCUUUCGAAAAUCGAUUCGACUGCACCCACAGAAAUCCCACAACGAGAAAGUCUUUUCUCGACUCCUUUGAGCUGGGAGCGGCCACAGCCGGGCUUGAGGAUGGACUCUGUCAUGAGCACACAAUCCAGGAGCACACUAGAUCUAGCCGAACAACGGCGUCUCAUAGCAAUAGCGAUGAACCGGGGGACAACUUCCGGUGGGCUCGGCUCGAGUAUGGCUGAUCAGUAUUCCCAGUAUCAGACUGAUUUUGGAUCAGCUAUGAGUGGGUUUGGCUUAGGAACAGCAUCGAUGAGCCAGUUGCUCAGCAGCAUGCCGCCUCCAAACACCGUUCCACCUAAACAGGCCCAACCACAAAGACCAGACAAAGGGAAGGAGAAGGCUGGUGCCAAGGGCGAUCGGACUGCGCAUAACGAUAUCGAGCGCAAAUAUCGCACAAACCUGAAGGACAAAAUCGCGGAAUUGAGAGAUGCCGUUCCUGCGUUGCGAACAAUCCCAGAGAACGAAGAGGAUGGCGAGGAUGCGGGCCAGCCUUCACGUGGCCCAAAAGUCAGCAAGGGUGCUGUUCUUACCAAAGCCACCGAGUAUAUCCACUACCUGGAGAAGAAGAAUAAGAUGAUUGUGCAACAACAUCAGGAGCUCUCGAAACGACUACAAGCCUUUGAGCAGCUUCUUAGCGCCACAGCUCGGCCUACAUAUCAAAUGCCGAAUUAUAGCAGAACACUGUUCGACCCAAGAGCAUUCUGCUAAUUUUAUCUCUGUUGCCUAGACGAAGAGAAGCGCAUUUCAAUGUAAAUAUUUCUUAUACGGCAAUCACUACUCUUUGCAUGAGAUAUGACCAACUACAGAAGAACAACGAGACCAUUCAAAUAGAUAUAUCGGUUUCUGGUCUCUUCAUUUUCACGACUGGUUGUUGCGAUCACCCAAGGUUGAUGAAACAGACAUUGAUACCUAUGAUAAGGGUGGCAGUAGCGUCAAAAGGCUAGAUUCCCGGAUCAUACAAAAUGAUGACUAAAAUGAUACAAAGAGUUUACUUUCUCUGGUUAUGAGUAAUUUACAAAGCUGAGUGAUAAGCAGCGACCAUUGCAAUAAUUAUGGUCAUGCCCGCAGAGCUUCCACAUCAGCCACCUCCUUGACAGCCUCGGAUGUUAACACGAGUGGCACGUCGUCUAAAACACAAAUACUGUCCUCGAUGCGUAUGGCCAUUCCGCGGAAGGGCUCAGGCCACCUUUCGUCGUCAGGCACGUAAAUACCAGGCUCGACUGUGACACAAUGACCUUGCUGCAGGGGCACACUCCUAGAAUAUCCAGGCGUAUCAUGGACAUCCAGGCCAACGUAGUGACUCAAGUGAUGAGGGAACAAAGUCUGUAUUGUCCGCCCAUUCCUUCCAUCAAAUUCAAAGCCCAGCUGUAUCAAUUGAUCUCGCAGUCCAUCCUGGGCAAUCAUGUGGAUCUUGUCCAGAGAAAAUCCCGAAUCCGCACGACACAACGACACAGCCGACCGCUGUACCUUGAGUACGGCUUCAUACAGGUCCCGCUGAGCAGGGGUGAACUUGCCGUUGAUGGGCCAUGUCCUGGUGAUGUCUGUGAUGUACGUGCCGUACUCACCACCGGCGUCCACCAGUACCAUCUCGCCCGGCGGCAGAUCGCGGUUGUUGUGCACGUAGUGAAUCAUGCUACCACGGGACCCGCCCGCCACAACCGGCACAUAUGCCUGGCCGUCGCAACCAGUCGUGGCGAACGUGUGGUCCAAGAACAGGGCAAGGUCACGCUCAUACUUCCAGUCGGAGCCGGAUGCAUCACCCCGCAUUGCGGCCGUGAAAGCUCGCCCCGAGACACGACCUGCGUGGCGCAUGUUGGCCACCUCGGCGGGGGACUUGAUGGCGCGCAGGGAGUUGACCAGCGGCGCGAGCGGCUUCACCGCGCCGGUGCCACCACCGUACGCGGGGGCGUCUGUGUAGAUGGCCGGCGAGGCGGCCUUGGCCAGCUUACCAACCUCGUGUGCGGCGGCGGAGAUGGGCCCGGCGACGUCGGCGUUCCACACGUCCAUGGCCGCCUCGACGCCACUCCAAGGGCCUGACCACUGCUCAGCCGUGGCGUCCUUGGGCCUGACGUACAGUCUGAAUUCGUGGUCGUGCUGACCGGUUUUCCGGAUCACGGCCACGGCAUCCUGUUCGGCGAAUCCCGUCAGGUACAGGAAAUUAGAGUCUUGGCGGAAGGGGAAGAAGACGGCGCCAGAGCGGUACCUGAGCUCGGCCGAGACCAGGAUAGCGAUUCCAUUUUCGGGGAGAAGAGCUGCAAGGUUUUGACGGCGAUCAUAGUAUUCUUGUGCCGAGAUUCCUGGUGUUAAUUCUCCAGCCUUUAGUAAGUGCGGGUGAGUCUCAUGAACUGGCUGGCCAAAUUGCAAUUCAGAGGCUGAAACUGUCGUGGCAAUCCCCCUUUUACCAAGUCUCUGCGGUGAAUUCGUCCAUGGUGAAGGUGAAUGCUGCAAAGCUCUGAUUCUCGAUGGGUUUAGUUGCAAGAUCCCACUCGCUAAUGUCCCUCGACAUUUCAAUGAUGACGAUGCCCUCGUUGUUUUUCUGCAAAUUCCCACAAGAGCUUGCCGCGCUAGAGGGAAUGCCAUUUUGACUUUCUUUAAAAAG